CCCCUGUCGCUCCCUGAUUGGACGAUUCAGGAGUCUGCCAAGGGGGCUUAAAGGCAGUGGGCUGAUUAAAGUAGAUUAUGAGGAGGACAGGGGGCGAGACGGAGCGUGUGCGUUGGCAUCACACUCUGGUCGCCACAGCGAUGGCCUCGCCGUGGACACACUGCAGCAUCCUCCCCCUCCUCCUCUGUCUCCUCGCUCUCCAUCCGCAGUCGUCCACCUGCCUCGACCGACAGCCUGCUGACAGUGCUGCUUUGUCUCCAGUCCAUGAUGAAGUGGUGACACUUACUGAUGGCGGGAUGUGGAUGGAGGACAGUUUGGUAACUGCACAUCAACCACUCAGACCAAUACGGCAGUCUCCAGACGCAUCACGGAGGAAGUUACUCCAGACGCCAGGAGCUGCGGUUCCCUUCCCCCCCCUCAAGGUGUCGUCCGACGGGGAGCCGUGCGUCAUGUUCCAGGCCAGGAAACUGUCCCUGCGCUACGAGAAGCAGAGGCAACUGGACCUGACGGAGCGAGCCUUCUCCCCGCAGAAACCAGUGGACACCAGUCAGUCCGCCUGCAGCCUGGACAAGGCCACGCUGGUCAUGAGGUUUGGAGACGUGGACGAUUUGAGAGGCCUGUCCAUCCGACUGCAGCUGUCCAACACUUUCUACGAGUCCUCGGGUCAGUGGUGGUUCUCCGUGGACAGCGUCUCUCUGCUCUACAACGCGUCCGAGGAGGCCGUGUUCAACGCCAGCGAGGUGUACGCGCCGGCCUCCUCCUCCUACCACUGCCUCCACGUCAGCAGCCUGCAGCGCCACAGCGCCCUGCUGCGGCCCGUCACCGACCACGCCCGCCGCUGGGCCGUCACCUUCACCGACUUCCAGAUUCAGGCCUUCAACGUCACCUCCAGUAAGUUCUCUCCCGCGAGCGACUGCGCCACCUUCCUGACGCCGGCCAUCCUGAUGGGCCUCGUCACCUCCCUCAUCCUGCUGCUGGUCCUGGCCUACGCGCUGCACAUGGUCGUCCACCUGAAACACAUCGAGCACGACAACGACGAGCACAAGGCCGACGUCUACUCGCCCCACGACCCCGAGCAGCCGGAAUACUGCUACGUGGAAAACAACGCGGAGAAAAACAUUCUCUAGUGUCGCCGCAGGAAGAUGAUUAAGAGACUGUUUUCAGAUUCUAAGCUGCUGACAGCUGAUGCCACACCAAUUUUAUAUAGAA